UGUAUCACCGAGUAAAUAGCUAUUUAUGUUUUAAAAGUUUAUAUCUAAUUUUUUCUUAUAUUUUUACGCAUUUAUCAAUUUGUUAAUAUUUAUUUGAAACAAUUCGGUAGUGUCUAUGAAUUCUCAAGAGACAAAUGAUGCUUCUCGCAGUGCGGAAGCUAGCAGAAAACGAAAUGCUGCCAAGAAAUUAAUAGAACGGUAUUAUUUCCAACUUACUGAUGGUUGUGGCAACCAAGCAUGUCAAAAUGAAAAUUGCGCAUCUUGUCAGAAAGCACCCAAGCUGGAACCUGACGAGGCAGCUGCACGUGCCAUUCAGCUUUUCAAAACUAAAGCUAAGCUAUGUGUACCUCCAUGCCCAGAUAUCAACUGCUCAGAUGAAGGUUAUGAAUCUAAUUUGCCAAAUGGGACAGCCAGUGUAGCUGGAGAUUUGAACCAAGCAGAAAAUUUUAGAUAUCGACGGAGAGGAGGUGGAAAAAAUGGCUGCAGUGUUGAGCCAUGUAAAAUGGACACAGAUGCAUCUGUAUCUCCAGAUUCACAUUCAAGCAAAAACGCAAUCCCUACGUCAUCCCCUAUGGACACUGGAAGUUCACACAUGUUGUCUCCUAAGUCAUCUGUGUCCAUGGAGGUAAAGGAACAGCCAUCUCAAGGUGUUUUAUCACUGGAUGAAAAGAGUUUAUUAGAAAUAAUAGAACAGUGCAAAAAAGAACAAAAUUUUUCGCGCUUGAUCCGAACUUUAGGACAGGUGUUUUCUAGUGAAGAAUCUCUAAAAGUGAGUUUUAAGAAAGAUCUUACCAAAGACAAUUUAUCCAAAGAAGAUAUCAGAGCUAUGGAAAUCGAUGAAGAUAAAGACAAAGAUUCCUCAAAGGAUGCAACAACUAGUGAUCAAAGUCAAGCCGAAGUAAAACCUCAGGUUGUGACUGUCGAUAUCCAAUCGGUGCGACGAUCUUUCUCUACUCUUUUCAAAAUACCUGAGUAUCCUUUUCAAAGAGCCUUAAUAAAUGCUUUAAUAAUACUCUCCGAAAAUUUGGAAUUUGAUUUCAAGUAUUCAACUAAACAAUCAAAUGAUCCGACUCUAUUGAACAUUUUUGUGAUUGUGAUGGAAAUUCCUAUGUUGGAAUGUCCAGAAUAUAUGGAAGCUGCCUUGCCAGCCUUCUGCAAAGCAGCAGCUCUUUUACCAGUUAAAAGUCAAGCUGUAUUAUCUACAAUAUGGAGCUCAUAUACUCCAGAACGUUUAAAGCAAAUGUUGGACACUUUGCAUCAGUUCAUAACAUUGAGGGUAAUAGGAAGGCAGUUUUCAAGGGAUUAUUGUCUUAAUGAUGAAGAGUCUGUCAUAGCUGCCACAAAGUUAAUGAAAAUUCUGUUUUACGCUAGCCUUUUAGGGGGUGUUGUUGAGGAUACUGAUCUUACCAAUGAAGAUGAAGAUCCAAUGGAGUCGGAUGAUAAUGACUUGUUAGUGGCCAGAGCCAGCCCAGAAAGCAAGGAAAGCCAAAAAGCGAAAGAAGAUCCUUUAAGUGUUGAAAUUCGCAUCAAACCUAUAGAUUGUAGACGGCCUGUUCUUCCAUUUGAAGAAUUUUAUAAUGAACCUUUGAGCGACCAGCUUGAAAUGGAUCGCGAUUUUGCUUAUUACAAGACAGAGAGUGGAAAGUUUUCUUUCAUGAAUUUUUCAUUCAUUUUGACACCAGCUGUUAAAGCCAUGGGCUUAUACUAUGAUAAUAGGAUACGUAUGUAUAGUGAACGUAGGAUAUCAGUCCUUCAAAGUAUAGUACAUGGUGCACCAUCAAAUCCUUACUUAAGGCUCCGUGUCAGAAGAGACCAUUUGAUUGAUGAUGCUUUAGUUGGUUUAGAAAUGGUUGCAAUGGAAAACCCAAAUAAUUUAAAGAAGCAGCUUGUUGUAGAAUUUGAAGGUGAACAAGGUAUAGAUGAAGGUGGAGUGUCGAAAGAAUUUUUCCAGCUUGUUGUUGAAGAAAUAUUCAACCCAGAUUUUGCUAUGUUCACUUUAAACCCUGACACUCAAAUGUAUUGGUUUAAUCCAACGUCGUUUGAAAGUGAUGCUCAAUUUACACUUAUUGGAAUAAUAUUAGGCCUUGCAAUUUAUAACAACAUAAUAUUAGAUGUACAUUUUCCAAUGGUUGUUUAUAGAAAAUUGAUGGGAAAGAAAGGGACAUUCUAUGAUCUUCUUGACUGGAAUCCUAGUCUAUACAAAGGUUUACAGGAUUUAAUGGCUUACAAAGAAGAUGACAUGGAAAAUGUUUUUUUGCAAGCCUUUCGUAUAACUUAUAAAGAUGUCUUUGGAACUGUUCUUGUUCAUGAUUUAAAAGAUGAUGGUGAAAAAAUUCUAGUAAACCAAAGUAGUAAAGAAGAAUUCGUCUAUCUGUAUGCAGAUUUUUUGCUUAAUAAAUCUAUAGCUAAGCAAUUUCGAGCUUUCAAAAAAGGUUUUCAAAUGGUUACUGAUGAUAGUCCUUUGAAACUGCUAUUUAGGCCUGAAGAAAUAGAGCUGCUAGUCUGUGGAAGCAAGAAUUUCGAUUUUAAUGCACUUGAAGAAGCAACUGAAUAUGAUGGUUACCUUUCAGAUACACCUAUAAUUAGAUGGUUCUGGGAACUUGUUCAUGAUUUUAAGCUUGAACAAAAAAGGAAAUUGUUGCAAUUUACUACAGGAAGCGAUAGAGUUCCUGUUGGAGGUCUGAGUAAGCUCAAAUUAGUCAUCGCUCGUCAUGGUCCUGAUUCAGACAGGUUACCUAUAGCUCAUACCUGCUUCAAUGUAUUAUUACUUCCAGAAUACAGCACAAAAGAAAAGUUGGAAGAAAGACUAUUAAAAGCUAUUAAUUAUUCUAAAGGAUUUGGAAUGCUUUGAUUCAGAUUCCUGAUCUUUUAACAGUGCUUUAUUGAUGAGAGAAACUUUGCCACUUAUUUGUACAUAACAGAGAUUAAGUGAUUUACACUCUGUACAGGCCUUUUCAGGAAUGUUUAUCCCCCUUUCUUGAUCGUCUUGAGCCCAAACUUUAAUAUAUAUGUUUGAUGAGGAAAUUUUAAAUUAUUACAGAAUAAAAUUGGCCACCUACUUUAAAUUCGAGUCUUAAAAACAGAUCUGGACUCUGUCAAUAAUGUUUUCACUUUUGUGUUAAUGUUGUUAUACUAGUGUGAACUUGUGUUUAACACUCAGAAUUCUUUUCAGUCAUCUGUUUUUAUAAUCAAAUCAUUUUGAAAGAAUUGAAUACUUUUGAUUUGAUUUGAAUUUAAAGCAAUAAAGUAUU